AUGGGGGACGCAUCAGCGCAAAUCCGGAAGGUUAACUAUGCAUGGUGGCAAAAAGAUGGAUCCAGUCAAGUUGUGGCUCCUGACUUGAUAACGGCCGUUGAUCAUCAACCCGCCGUGGGUUGUAGCCUACAACAAACAGGACGGAAAUACAAUGGCAGUAAUCCUCGUCCCGAAUUCUGCCAACUUUGGGCAGUGGGAAUGUCUAUCUAUCGCCUAGACUUGGGUUUGGUUAGCGUCGCCUAUCGACCGUCGCCCAUCGGCGGGUCUAUCAAUGGGACUAACGAACAGCCCACGGAGAUGACAACCGGAAUGCCUGGCUCUGAAGAGUCAGCACGUUGCGCCUGGGGCCGCUCUGCCACCCACCCACCCACCCCUCUCUCCUCUCGAAGUCAUCCCGUUGCCCUACUAACUGACUAUUCAGUAUGGUCCCUCUGGGACCCUAUAAUGAAGGCAUUAUUGUUGUUGAUCCUGGACAACGAGCGUGUUGAGCUUGCGGGCUCGGAUGGCCACCGCUGA